AUGAACCGAGUUGUUUAUGGUCUCCUGCUAACUUUGGUGUUGAAUGUCGUACGGGGCCAAAGCUUUUGGCCCGCGCUAUCGAGCGACUCACUAAUAGCCCUGCGAUCACAGAGGGAUGUCUUGUCCAAUAUAAGCAUCGAUAAGGUCCCUAUGGUUGGAGUCCAGCUCAAUGAGGUUGCUUUUAGAGGCACAAGCAAUGAAACUGAGUCACUGGAAAUUUUGGCAUCGCUUUUGAACGUGGGAGUUCAGGCCUACAUGAUGGAUAUUGAAUUCGAUGAAUCUUAUAACCUUACAAUUUCGGGCUCGGACACGAGUCUUGGUACGACGCUAUCUACCUUCAAACGUUUCAUAAGCUCCAGCAACAACUACCUGAAUGCCGACAUGCUAGUUUUGUUGCUGCGGCUUAAACAAAAUACAAACACAAGCACAAAGGGUGCUCCAUCUAAUUUCCCCAACAUCACUGCGAUCUUAGACCUUUAUCUGGGCAGCUCGACCCUUUACACCCCAAGCCAGUUGGCUUAUGAUCGUUCUUCUGGCAAUGUUGCGCCUUCUUAUGGGAAUUUAAAUUCUCCAGACUGGCCUAGCUUAAAUUAUUUCCUAUACAGCAUUCAAAAGAGAGCAGUUGUGUUUUAUGUUGAUACUGCCUCUUCAGAUGCUCUGCAAAGUCCAGCAAUCUUCAAUGCCUCGAAUUUGAACUACGAAACCUCGAACACGCCCAUAGUUUGCCCGCUCACCAAUAAUGCGCAAGUGCUUAAUACCUCAAGUUUGAGCUGGAGGUUUUUACAGAAGGACUAUUCCCCAAGUGACAUAAGAGAGUACACGAUGUGUGGAUACUCUCCGAUAAUUGAUAAUAAAUACAAUCCAAAUUCGAUAAACACCAUCUCCAAUGUACUUGAAAACAGCUUACUUUGGUCUUGGGCCUCUAACGAACCAAAUACUUCCGAUGACACCAGAAGUAACUCCACUUCUCUUGUUGCCCGCAGAUGUGCUGUUGUACAUUAUACAAAGUCCAAUUCCUCAAGCUACUGGACUGUUGCGAACUGUUACGACCGCAAACGUGCUUUGUGCAAACGUGAUGGCAACGAUUUUGAAUGGGCUGUGACUCAAGAGGGUGCGAGCUACUUUUCACAUCAUGACCAAGACGGAAAUGGUUUUUGUCCCGACAACUUCUCGCUCUCGUUACCUCAAACAGCCUUGCAGGAGAAAUCUCUUGACAACUAUCUUUCUCAACUGAGCCCCGAAGGCUGGGAAAUUUGGAUAGAUCUAAACUCAGUAUCAGUUCCGGAUUGUUGGGUACCGGAUGGGCCGUAUGCUAGCUGUCCGUACCAGAAGGAAGUCAGUACUAGAAAUUUUGUUUCAAUGAUAACGCCUGUUUCAGUUUUUGCUGCGGUUACAAUACUAAUGCUUAUUAUGCUUAGCUGGCGAAGGGUUCCCAUACAGGACAAUCGAAAGCGUUGGAAGAGAGUCAUUAACUCGCAUCUGGGUUCCAAAGCUGAGGGCGUUCCAGCAUAG